AUGAGCAGAUCAAGAAGCUGGUGCAGGAAAUCAGCCAGCCCGGUGGUCGAGCACCAGACUAUGGUCAGAUGGUGCAAAAGCGCCAACCAUGUGAACAUGAUGGACCUGCUGGCCUGCCGCCAACUGUCUGCGGCCAAGAUCCCCGUGCUGCUAGAAAAAAUGGAAAAGCAAAACAGGGAAAUCUCAAACCUCCGUUUUCAGUUCUUCGGGUACCUGGCCGCCUACCUCACUGCCCUCUACGGCCACUGCUACAGUGUCCUGGUCAAUAUGACGGUCACUGAGGUGGACAAUGCCAAGGGCAGCCCGGAGGAGGGCUACCUGAUCGACGUAGUGCAACACAAGACACUCAGGACGCACGGCAAUGCUCAGAUUUUCCUGAAUGCGAAAGAGUUCUCUUGGUUUGAACGGUGGGGUCAGUUGCGCCGGAAGGCCAACCCGCCUAACAACUACUUCCUGGCUAACAAUGGCAGCGGCGUCUUCACGGGCCUUGUCAGCAAUUUCCGCGCUGCUUGGAAGGAUAUGGGCCUCUCCCUCGAGCCAAACUUAACGGACCUCAGGAUCUCCCAGGCCAUCUGGAAUUGGGAGAAUAACCCCGAGGCUGUACAGAAGCAAAUCAGCUCUUCCGGAAGAAUAGAAGGGCUCAGAGGGGACAAGUAA